AUGGCAGAUCCGGAGAACGCAACACCUAUCACCGAUACAGAGACAGUGAAUGGCUUAGAAAAGUCAAUCGAAACACUACAGGCUUUCAUCUCGGAGAUACAAGCUUUCACAGACUCCCCACAGCAUGACUACGUCCUUGCCUUGGGACCGAGGGAGCUGUAUAUCAGUGAACUCACUAACGCAAAGUCAAACAUGUCGGCGGCAUUGAGAUUGUUGGAUGAGCUGAAGAUUCGUUUAUCUGAAGCGCAAACCAAACACCACGAGCUCACAGAAGAACUCGGACGCAUGAAGUCCGAGAUUGAACAGCUGGCAAAGUCCGAAGACAAUGCCCAAAAAGCUGCAGAGCAAUCCGCUGCCGGGUUGACGAUUGUGGAAGGCCAACUGGCAAAUGCCAAAGAUGAAAUUGCCCAGUCGACCGCCACCCGGAGCCAUCUGGCUUCGGAACUUCAGAGCUUGAAGGAUAAGGCAGCGUCAGAGGUCAUCAAGUUCCAGCAGGAACUGGCCAACCAAAAACGCGACUACCAGGCAUUGACUGAGCGUUACUCGGAGCAGAGCCAAACGGUGGCGGCUGUGCGCGGAGAGUUGAAAGGCUUACAACACUCGAUUGCCACGCUCCAAAACCAGCUGACGUCCAACGAACAAGUGACCAAGCAGCAGAAAGAACAGCACGAGAGGCUGACCCAACAGCAGAGACAAGAGUACGAGCAGCAAAGACAAGAGCAUGAAGAGCACAAGACCACGUUGAGAGAGCGGGUCGAGGAUCUUCAAGAACUCUUGCGAGUGGAAAAGGAUGCUGGGGUGGGAAGGACACAGCGUACUGUGAACUUCCGUCUCCACCAACAGAAGAUUGCCAACGAAGCCGCAAGGGAGCAGCUGAGGCGAGAAUUGGAACACGAGCACAACCGGAAUAUUGCCGCGCUUGGGGCAAGGCUCCAGGAAAGCCGUGACUCUGAACAACAAAUGUUAAGGGACCACGCAGUAGCGCUGGCCGAACAGCAUGAUAUCCAUGAAGAAGUCAAGAUCGAACUUGAAGCCAAGCUGACAGAAAUGAGAGACUCACGGAAACAGGUGAAAGCCAUUAUGGCUCAAAACCACCUCCAGGCCCUCACAGUCAAAGAAGACGACCACAAGAAGGCCGUUGCUGCACUCACAUCACAGUGGGAAAAGCGUUCCGCGCGUGAAGCUGAAGAGAGCCAUGAAAAUGGUCGAGCCGAGGGCUUGAAACAGCUUCUCCAAAGCAUGCAGGUCGCCCUGUCCUCGAUUACAAAGAUACAUGACAUCAAACUUCAAGCCCAGAAGACAAAGCUUGAGAAAGAGUUGGAUGGCAAACUGCGUUCUCGGGAACAGUCUUUGCAGAAUGAAUGGGAAGGCAAACUCAAUUCUGAGAAACAGUCGUUACAGAAUGAGUCGGAAGCCAAACAGCAGGCGCUGCAGACCGACUGGCAAGAUAGACUCAAUUCCCAACUACAGUCGUCGCAGAAGGAGUUGGAAGGCAGACUCAAAUUUCAGCGAGAGGCGAUGCAGAAGGAGUCUGAAGACAAACUCAUUCAUCUUAAACAGUCGUUGCAGGACAAGUUCCAAACCUUGCACAAAGCCAAGAUGGAAGAACAGAGGCAGCAUCUUUCUGCAGAGCACGCAGAACAAGUCAAGAAGCUCGAGGAGUUGUUUCAAGUCAGAUUGAACGAUGCGUUAGCAUCCCGACCGGGCCCGUCAUCCUGGUCAGCCGAGGCCUCGCGGCGGCGGCGAAGAAACUCCCAAACCGGGUCUCCCACACAGCGAGAACCCACUCAUAACUCCCCCGUCGGGGACAGUUCUGUAGAGGAGCCACGCGACUCAUCUCGUGCCAAACGGCGGCGUGUGCAAGAAUCACUCUCUCCCGAGUUGGGGAACUCCCCCCCUCCCCACCGAGCAACAACGCUCGGGAUUCAUCUGAGAGUCCAACCCCCGAACAGCCAGCAACUGAAACCGAGAGCCAAGGCCCGGCAGCUGCGUUCGAUGUUUUACGUCGCCUGGGAUGCGACGCCCGAGGAAGAAGCCUCGAUUCUUAGCUCUAUGGCGCAAUUGUUCAAGAAUGGUCAAGACUUGGCCAUGGCGAUCCAAAACAUUGACAAAUAUUGUAUUGAUGAUCUUUCGGGACUGACCUUUUCCGACCCUCCACGCUGCUUGUUUGCGCGUCUAAGGAAGGUUAAAGCGGGCCCUGGCGGCCCUGCAAUGAUUCGCGAGGAUUGCGAUUACUGCGCGGGAACUGACCGACUUUGUGUCUGGGCGAGGUAUGCUCCAGGCGUUGGCACGGGGUACGGAUCAAAGGUCAAUGGGACCAUUCCGAAGAAUGGUCGCAGAUACAACCCGGAUGCCCAACCACGAACGGUUGACCUUGGCGGUCACCAGGUUCGUUGGGUCAUGAAAAAACGAAAAGAACACCCAGACGAUCCCGCUGAUCCCCUGCGGGUUGUUGGAUCCGUUACAGUCUGA